CUAAAAUAGUUCAUGGUCGCUGUUAGUUUUGGAUACAAAAUAUAUGAUGUAUCGUACAGUGUCAUUAUAUUGGUCUUCUCCAAUUUGUUUUCAUUAUUCAGCAAAUCGAGUAGUUCCUAGGUUUCAGCACGAGUUGGCAGAGACACUUGCCUUCAAUGAGUAUGUCUAUCUGAAUGACAUUCAGACAAACCAGAUUAACGAGUUUGUCCAGGAUCUCCAAGAGAUACAUGAAGGCACCGAGCUGACGACUGAUAGGGAGGAAAUCAUACAGGAGAAGGCAGAGGAGGAUGAGCUGAAAGCAGAGGAGGAUGAGGAGAAGGCAGAGGAGGUGAAGACAGAGGAGGAGCUGGAGGAGGAGGAGGAGAUGAAGGCAGAGGAGGAGCUGGAGGCAGAGGAGGAGGAGGAGGUGAAGGCAGAGGAGGAGGAGAUGAAGGCAGAGGAGGAGCUGAAAGCAGAGGAGGAUGAGGAGAAGAGGAGGAGGAGGUGA